AAAACUAAAGGUCAAAGGGUGCUUCCUGCUAAUCUUGUGACGGCAGUUGAGUUAAUUGCACUGUUGAGUCAGACCAAGAAACAGGGUUGGUUUUCACUUGAUAAUCUUGUCUAGUUGCUCAUCCACAGAAUGGCUGAUAAAGGAUCAAGUCCUCUGGGUGCUGAGGAAGGUGGAGAGGCACAAAAACGGGCAGAAAUGGGAGGUAAAGGAGAAGAAACACGCCCUAAACAGGUGGGGCAACAGUCAGUAGAGGGGGAGGGGGGCCAGGGGUCAGCUGAGGGAAGUGCAAGUGUGCAGGAACCAGCUGCAGACUUUGCAUUCGGCAUUCGUCAACCAGAACAAAGCCCCUCGUUUCUACAACCAGGAGCUGUGGCAAUUCAUCCACAAACUGGUCGCAUGCAAGUCUUCCAAGGCCAAGAAGGACCAGCUACAGGGCAACAACAACAAGACGUCCUCACAACUACCCAACAAACCAGCCAACCAGCUGCUUUACAAGCUACAGUACUGGAAAGGAAGAAGGAGGGAGGGUUUGGUGGAGCAAGUAUCCGGAUCCAGGACACAGGUCUGGCUGCUGCAGCAAUCGUUGGAGGGGUGACAGUUGGAGCGUCUCACGUUGCCAGCCAAGUCACCCAGUCACCAGUGAUCGUUUUGGGUACAGGGAUAGCAGCAGGGGCCAUGAGCCUGGCAGCUUUUUGGCUGGCAAACAGGAUGAAGGCAGACAAAGCCAUCUGCAAGGCUGUGGAGAAAGAUGGCCACAUAGAAGUGGAGAAGAUUGAGGGAGGAUCUCUCCUUGUUCACGUCAAGUUUCUUUCUCAGACUGGCUACUGGGUCCUUCGUGCCCUGAAUGAGAAGAUCCACCAGGGGACAGACCGCACCUGUCUGCAGCUGCUACUAGAGGAUGAGCUAAGGAAGAUCGGUUGGACCGGACCCAUCCAAGUGGGGCUGGAGGGGUGGUGGUUUGCUGAUGAGGAGGGACAGGAAGAGGAGGAGGCAGAAGAGGAGGCAGGGACAGAGCAGGAAGAGAGAUGGGAGUGGGCUGGGAUGGUGGAGAAACAGUCUGUCCCACCCAGUGUGACUACAGAAGACUCAGGCCUGCCUGAAGACGUGUCCUCUGUAGCUACCAUGUCCAUCACUUCAGCUGGAGAGGUGGAAGAGGGGCCGCUCAAGUGGCUGAGAGCCAGGCUACAGAAACACAAGGACUCACCAACAGCACGACGUCGCAUAAAGGCCUACAGGUCCUGGGAGGAAGGAGCAGAACUUCUGACCAGCAGUGGGUACACAGACCUGGGGGGAGUCAAGGCCUUGGUGCAGGGAUUCAUGCUGCGCGAUAUGACCCCACCAGAUUACACAAGUACAGUACUGUAUGAACAGUCAUACCUGAACCUGAACAAAGCCCAGCUGAAGCAGCUGAUGACCUCCCAGCUACAAGCUGACCCCACUGACAGCACCUGUCUGCUGCUGACAGCCCUACAGCUGCCAUUUGGAGACAGCCGGGUGCAGACCCUGCAGCAGGUGGUUGAUGCCAUCCUACAGCACGGACCAGGAGACUGGCUGUACCAACACCUGCACCACAUCUACUGCUACCUGGGUGUGGCCAUAUGGAGGGCAAGCCCUCAGCCAAAACCAACAAUGAUAUCAAAACUUUUCAAGGGGAGUAACCUACCAACAGUUGAUCUGGCUGCUCUGGCCAAAGCACUGUCUACCCUGGAUAGUUCCCUUAUGUACAAACAGGACCAUUUGGAGACUGUGUACUGCACAGCCGUACUGUCUAAGGAAGUGUCUGAGACAGAAGCCAUCAGACAGUUUGAACACUUCCUCAGGCUGGCACCAGAGUGUGAUUACAUUGUGCCUGAUGCUCACUACCACCUGGCCACCCUGUACCACCAGCAGCAGGACAGACAGAAGGUGAUUCACCACUUCACCAGGGGGCAGCAGGCAGAGGCCAACAGGCUACCUGUGUUUGCUGAAGUCCCCAGAUCCAUCAAAGACCCUGCUACAAUGGCAUAUGAACAAGUCAUGGCAAAGAAACAAGCAAAGAAGUAA